CCUACCUUUCCAUGGACUCUCUACAACGGGCCUUCAGGUGCUUGGCCCAUGUCGUGUUCUUAAGUUAUAAUAGGCCGGGAUCUCUGGGCUAUCUUUUAGUUUAACCCACAGGCCACAAGGGCGAGCUAAAGCGUGGAAAUUGGAAUCGCGGUCAGAGGGGUUGGAAGAUUGCACGCCAAGUGUUCGAUCAUUUGCCUGAGAGAAAGUAGUUGCAUUCCCGCUUUGCUCUAACCAUGGCGACGUUCUCAUUGAGACGAGGUAGCUGCUUGCUCUCACGAGCUUGCUUCAGCUACCUACCGGGAGCGUGUAAUUUCUGCUCCAUGGCUUCCGGGAUUGGCAACGUCAUAGAUGGCUGGACCAGAGAAGUGCCGGCUGAGAGACGUCCUUCUACCCGGUCGAGCAGCAGCAACGUUCAUCUUUCUCCUUUGUUCAGAGAUCCUACCUCACACUUGGAUCGCUAUGACAUCGAGCUCGUGGACUAUGAUGCUUGGCAGGUAACAUCCGGGAUUGCCCAUGCGUUUGGUGGAUUGGGUAAGAAAUCGGAACCACAAACUGUAAGUGAAGCAGCUGAUCUCCUGGUUAAUGGGCACUCCUCCAUUUCUUCUCUGGAUGACCCUGAUUUUGAUGAGAUUGAUAACAUGAGAAUCCGGGGAAAUCUGUUCUACAAGCUUGAUCGGGACUCGAAAGAGUAUCAGGAGUAUAGCUUUGAUUUCCACCGGAGGAAGAAGAAAGGCGAUGAAGCUAGAGACAGCGGAAAGAAGGAAUCUUCAACGAAGAAUGAACAACCCAAGGAAAGCAAAAAGAACGAAGAUUCGUCCCUUAUGGAAGCCAAAAGAACAACCUUGAUUGCUAAGAACGGCAGGGCCUAUACUUUGAUGGACUGUGGCUCUGAUGUCCCUGACAGUGUGGCGGAGAAGAAGAAGAAGAAGGUUCGGACUCUGACAUUCAAUCAGCUCACAGCUCCAUACCACGAGCCAUUCUGUCUCGACAUUCAGAUAUCAAACGCAUCGGCUCGUGCAUCCGUCAUUCACCGAGGUACAAGUAAAGUAGUGGCUGUGGCACAUUCGAUAUCCAAGGACAUCAAAUUCGACAUGGGUUCUACAAGAAAUGAAGCCACUUGCCGUGCUGUUGGGCAGAUUCUGGCGCAGAGGGCACUGGAAGACGAUAUCCACAACGUGGUUUACACUCCAAGAAGCGGGGAGAGACUGGAAGGGAAGCUUCAGAUUGUGCUUCAGUCCAUUAUUGACAGUGGUCUUUCUGUGAAAGUAAAGCUCAAGCAGAGGAAAUACAAGAAGAAGCUUAGCCUCCCACAAUAUUCCUCCUAGGAAAGCCUCAUAGCAUCCGAACAUUGUGUAAAGGUUACCACUUUAUUCCUUAUUAGUGCCUAUGAAGAAUCUGUUAGAAAAAGUUCUUCCUCAAUGAAAGUUCUGUUUUGGAUGUUACACAGAAGAGAUUUACACUGGACCACAAUCUCCAACUUCAAAUUUCACUCCACAGUCAUUAGCCGUUGCAAAAGCUGCAGUGCGAGCAAAUCUUCUUCUGGAAUGGUUCUAAUGUGGCAAUCCGAAGUCGGGUAUGCGGCACAGAGCAGUGCGUAGCCGCGCUUCACCACGUCGUCACUGAGCAUGCCAUCACUCUGAUCGAGCGAGCCGCUCGCUCACUACCUUAGCGGGGCAACUCAUGCACACUCCAAGCUUGCAGUCAUGGGGUACAGUACAGCAAACCCGGAGUCCAGUGCCUUGGACAGUAUGGUCUCGUCUGGAUCGACUUGGAGCUCCGUGGACUUGCCCUGAUGUUCAAUCACCACUUUGUAUGGCCGAACCACGUUGGGAUGGUCUUCCAGUUCUGUAGUUGAGUCCAGAGGAAGGGAAGUUGCUGCUGUGGUUUUGUUUGGUGGCAGGGAUGAAAGGUGACGGAGCGAAACGGAGGCUGUGAGUUGCCAUAGCCGAUGUGGGAAAUGGAAUACGGAAAAGAGUUUUUUUCUUUUGGGUGGUGCAGAUUUUUUUUUUUUUAAGAGAUGAGGCUUCUGCCUCUUGAGUAGGUGUUCAAAUGGCUACAAUGGUUAUAAUCAAAUUAAAUAAGGCUAAAUUCUAUUA